AUGGUGUAUAUAUCUUUUUUUAUCUUUGCUACAUACACUGUCAUAUCAGUGACAGCCUUGGGUGCGCCUAGAAAUUUCAAAAAUGAAAAUAAAAGUCAAACAAGCCUUACAUUUUCGUGGCAACUUCCAUCAAAUGCUGGAAUAAACAUUAACAAGUAUUACAUAGAAUGUUCUAGAAGAAAUGACAAUGAAAUUAUAUGUGCAGAAUUUUCUGGAAAUCUAAGGAGAGGAACAGUCCAUGGACUAGCUGUAUACAGCAGUUAUUCUUGCAAGAUACAAGCUACAUCAACAGGAACUUGGAGUGCAUCAGUUAUCCAAAAAACAUUGAAAGGAGCACCAUGUUUGCAACCACUUGGAAUGGAAAACAAUGUAAUACCUGAUGAUCGAUUGACUUCAUCUGCUGCUGCUUCAAGUGAUAUGCAGAUUUCUUCUGUCAUGUUAAACAGUCCUUCCAAAUGGUGCAGUAUAAAUGCUUACAUUCAGAUUGAUUUGGGAAGAAUUAUGACAAUUACUGGUCUUGCAAUACAGGGUGAUACAGCAGGUGUGUCAAAUGUGAACAUCAAGUACGGUAUAAAGAGUCCAAGUGAUUUAGUUGAGUUGUGGGAGGAAAGUGGGGGACGGGUAAUAAGGAACUUUGCAUAUCCUGCAAGUAAAUACACAAAACGACAUUGGUUUGAGCAGGAUGCAUUUACUGUUCGUCAUAUUCGUAUUUCUCCAGUUGUGACAGAUCCAAACAAAGUUGUGUGUUUGAAAAUUGAAUUAUAUGGAUGUGCAGAAAUAAAGAUUGGAUGA